UGCUUACCCGGGAGGGGCUGGAAAAGACUCAAUCGUGAAAACUAAGGGAAGGUGUUCUUCCUACUUUUCUUUCUUUUUCAUUCCAUUCCAAUCAUUUUGGAAACAAUUACGUUUUUUUUUUUUUUUGACUAACGUUCCAGUUAAUUCUUAAGAAACAUAUUGUUGCUGUCCAACAAAAAAAAAUUAGUCAAGCACACCACCCCUGAAGAAUGAAUGAAGGACUCUCUGUGAUCUGAAGCCCAAGAGCGAACAAAGCCAGAAUGUGAAAGUAAACUGACCGCGAAAAAAUGCAAAUGAAAUUGCUCUGGUAAUGAACACAGUCCACGGUAGUGAUCAAUUUCUGUAAAGCUUCGCCUUUAGUAUUAAAACGCCGGCGCAAACUCGUCCUCGACGGUCGAGUUGCUGUUUGGGGUUCAAUAGAUUUCAGUUCAUAGGACUUCCAAGAUCCACAGGUUUGUGUCGUUAAUUGAAUUUGUAAAGUCAAAUUUAAGGUCCUAUAUCGUUGAAGUAGUAUGUUAUUGUUACAUGUACUAGAAAUGAAACGAAACUGCCGAAAUGUUAAACAGAAACGAAACGAAAUCAACGAGGCAAGAGAACCCAUUAUCUUUAUUGCAAAGAACCCAUUAUCAUUAAAACUAGAUCUGCAGUCCUGCAGUCCUGCAUUCCGCCUUAACCUGAAUAGCACUCCUGUUAAAUUAGCGAAAACCCUCAGGAUAGCCUGUCAGUAAGCCAUAGCUCUCAAUAAUCCUCAAUGGCUUCGGUUAUUUCGUUUCGUUUUGGUUGUUCGAUUCGGUGGUUUUUAUUAUGUUCCUCUUAAAUUGAACACAUUACAAUGAAACAAAAAUCUUUUAUGGUUGGAUGCUUUGCAUUCCAACCACGUCUACAGGAAGAGUUGUUUGCCUCCCGGGGGAGGGGAAGGGACUCCCUUGAGAAAGGCCAGGGAUGCUUAUCGUUUUGCUUAGGGGUGUAGUCAGGAAUUCUGGCCUCACUCACGGUGUUCAGGACGAAACAUCACUAUCGCCGUCAAGGCAUCUUUGAAAAAGAAACAAAAAAUGCCCAUUGUGCCGUUGCCAUGACAACAGUUUUACUGCUGCUUCUGUGUUAAUUAAGACUUAAAUUCCCAGUUUUUAUUUUAACCAAGGAUCAUCCAUUCCAAACAAUCUAAUCAUGAGGAGAGUUAAGACGAUAUGGGCACCGUCCUAGCAGGUCCUACAUUCUAAAUUCUCUUUUCAAGUUGAAAGUAUAAAUUAUUAAAUCAACAUUCCUUGCAUUUAAAAGUAGAGUACUUUAUUUCUUUUUCAAUAGCCGAUUAAUCUCAUGGCUGGUGUAGUACCAACAGCUCCAUCCAGUAAUAAGGAGACGACUAACUAUGCUCGCUUGUGUCGUCUCCUGGUUGAUGUUGGCACCCAGGCCCUCAGAGACACACUUGAUGCCAGGCACGUACCAAGAAAUCUUCACGCAGUUUUGGCGGCAAAUAAAACCACACUUCAGUCUCUCAGAUCAAGGAAAAUUAUCAAUGCGACGCAAUGGGGCAAGCUCUUUCCUGUCAUUUCUUCUUCAGUGUCUUCGAGAGACUUCGACACUUCUCUUUUGAUGAUUCUGUUACGAAAUUUGGGUGGCUUACCUUCUCCAAUGACUGGAUGGGACGCGCUUCCCGCUGCAACGGACAUGAGUCGUCAAGCGGACAUUGCACGUAUUAAGUACUUUAGAAACACCGUGUACGCGCAUGCCGAACAAGCUUCGAUUGAUGACACAACGUUCAAGGCGUACUGGCAAGACAUUCGGGACACUCUGGUGAGACUAGGAGGAGUUAGGUACAGGGCAGCUAUUGACAAUCUGGAAACUGAGUGCACAGACCCUGAAAUGGAAGAUCACUACAAAAAACUUCUCAGUGAAUGGAAAAAGGACGAGGACAACAUUAAAGAUGAGCUGAAAGAGAUCGGAACCAAGAUGACAGAUGUCAUGAGAAAACUUGAUGAUUUAACAGCAGCAACUGUGAGUAACAGAAAGGAAUCAGGUGAUGAAGGUACAUGUUCGAAACUGGAAGAAUUGGUGGCCACAUCUGUCAUGUGUAAAGAGAAACAUCACGAGAAUGAGCCCCUCAAUUAUUAUUGUCAGAACUGCAAAGUUUGCAUUUGCGACAAGUGUGGACAAACGCGUCAUGCAAAUCACACCAAGGUGGGUAUCAAGCAAGCCGCAGAGGAACAAAAACUAAUGAUGGCGGAGCUUGUGCAGGAAAUGAAACGAAGGAUUGCUGAGCACACGACACAAAUGGAGGAAACAACAGAAUUGUUGAGGAAAAACAGAGAAAAAAUUGCUUCCGCUCGUAACAAAGUAUCAACCACUGUCGAAGAACACAUUCGAGUUUUAAAGGAGCACGAGAUCGCCAUGGUGACCAAGUUGGAUGUUAUUGAAAAAGAACAACAAAGAGAUCACGCAACACAGUUAGAACACUUUCAGAUAUCUGCCACGCAACUGAAAAUGUCUAUGGAACAUUGCGAAAGAAUUUUACAAGGAAACAGCAGCGUUGAAAUUCUUGAAGCGCAGCAGGGUGUCAUGGAAAGGUGUAAAGGUCUCCUAAAUGCAAGAAAAAUGAACAUUUAUCAACCAUCGCAUGUUCAGUACAAGGCAAAUGAAGAGGAUAUCCAGAAUGUUAGACACGUGUUUCUGGGUGAAGUUAUUGUUAGUACAACUGAUCCUCUUCAAUCAGUGGCGGAAGGGGAAGGCUUAAAAGAGGCAGAAGCUGGAAGAGAAGCUAGCCUGACAGUCACAACAAAGAAUGCAGAGGGACAACAGUGUUAUAAUGAAAUCGAUCAGAUUGUUGUAAAAGUUCACAGUCCGUCAGAACAGGACCUCGACACCGACAUUAAUGACAGCAAAGAUGGUAAAUAUAGCAUCACCUACACACCCGAUUGUGAUGGACAUCAUGACGUGGUGAUUGAAGUAAAUAGUCAACCGCUGACUGGUUGCCUAGGAAGUAUUCACGUGAAGCCGCAUCAAUACGAUGCCGUAGGGUCUUUUGGAUCACGUGGUACAGCACAAGGAAAAUUUGGUUACCCCUGCGAUAUUGCAAUAAAUGACAAAACAGGGAAAAUUGCAGUAGCUGAUUCUUCUAAUGAAAGAGUACAACUCUUUAGUUCAGAUGGAACCUAUUUAAGAGAGUGUAGUCAGAAGGGACCUGCUGCUAAGAAACUUAAAUACCCUACUUCAGUAGCAUUCAACAGGUCUGGCGACGUCAUCAUCUGCGAUUUUUGUAUCUUGUGGUUCAAUGAAAGCGGCCAGUUUAUUAAAAGCAUCUUCAACAAACAAUUGAUCAAACCAGGAAAGAUGACCAUUGCUUGUGAUGACCGCAUGCUGGUGUGUGACCGAGGUGACAACACGGUCAAAGUCCUCUCCCCUGACGGUACAGAGUUAUUACAGUCCUUCAGGGCUCCGGAUUGUGAUGCGUACCCAUGUGUAGCUUUACGUCAUCAAGACAUGUUCUAUGUCUCCUAUGGCUCAGCUCACUGCGUGAAGGUAUUUAAUAAUGAAGGAGAAUUUCUAUAUGACAUUGGUACAGAAGUGUCCAGUGGGCUUCGAUGUCCUGUGGGACUCGCCGUUGACAAGUUUAACAACUUGAUAAUCUGUGACAGUGCAAACGGCAAUGUCCUAGUUUUUACACUGGAAGGAGAAUUUCUACACUGGAUCAAAGGAAAACCAACCGAACUUAAGCAACCUUGGGCUGUUGCUGUAUCGUCAAACGGUGGA